GGAGCCCCCCACCGCCCACUGCUCCGUCUCUGCCUCUCCCGUCUUUAUCUCUCUUCCGCCGGUUCCACUCUUUUCUGCAAUCAAAGCACCGGCCGGCGACGUCUUCCAUCUCGGCGCCCCUGCAUCUCUCCCACGAGGUAUGUUCCCCACAUCCUCUCCUCCGGUUUGAAUUUACUUCGAGAUUACCCAAAUUUCUUUAACCCUAGUUACUUCCCCACACCCCUUCUCGUUCUAUUGAGAUUUUCUAAAUCGAAAUUCCAAUUGAGUUUGAUUUUACAAGCAUCGGAAAGUUCAAAUAAUUGCUUCUAUUUUAUGGAUGAGGGAACCAUCCAAAGUUCAUGGGAAUUUACAGGGAAAAAAUCAUUCAUUAGGUACUUUUUCUUGAAUUCGAAUUUACAGUGCUUCAAAAGUGUAUUAAAACCGGAGGAGAACUGUAAAUUCGAAUUUCCUAUCUUCUCUCUCUUUGACAAAAAAUCUGAUUCGGAUUUCCCAAAUCUUAUAAUGAGAUAGUUGCCCUUGUAUCGCUGCUUCGUGUAUAUACUUUCGCCGGCCAGGUACCUUGCUUCUCUGAUUUUGUUCUUCGUUUCUUAUGUUCCCCUGACUACCUUUAGGUUCUUUGAGAACUUUUCUGAUUUGGUUGUUUGAAAUUGAAUUGCACUUUAAAAAAUUCUCUAUUUUGAUGAAAAAUUAAUUUCCUUUAAUUUUCAAUUUGAUUGUUUGAGACUGAAAAAAGUUUAAGGGUAAUUACUUUAGCCUAUGAGUUAUAAACAAACAAGAAAUAUUUGCACUAAAUACCAUUAAAAUUUAAUUCAUUUCCCUAAAUAGCACUUAAAUUAUUUUAUUCCCUAAAUAGCACUUAAUAAUGUCCAUAAUGUCCUGUGAUGGCAAAUAUUUGCUUGAAUAAUGGCUAAUGCAUAAUGACUAAAAGUGUUACAUUGGGAAGAAAAACACAUGUGGUGUUAUUUGGGGAAAGUCAUUGUGUUUUAGUGUUAUUUAAGUAAAUUUCUCUUAUUUACUUAAUGUUGUUGUUCAAUGCUUAUUCUUUAAGGAAUCCAUUAAUUAGCCAUACUGUUAUUUAUCAUGAAACAUGGAUAGCCAUAUUAGUGUUUCUUUAGAAUUUAAAAAUAAUGAAAUAAAUGAUGGUAGGAUGACCAUUUAGAGUUUGUUCUUUAGGACUGGAAAAAAAGAGUUGAAUGUUGGAAGAAAUUAGAAAAAAACUGAAAGAAACAGGAAAAAACUGGAAGAAACUAAAAAAACUUCAAAAAUUGGAAAACCAUUUAAUAGAAUAGACAGAAGAAAGAGAUAAUUCUAUUAAUCGUUUUGAGGCUUUAUUUAAAGAAUUUCAAGGAAUAUACGGUAAUGCACUACAAGAAACACCUCCUACACCUCCUAAAGCUAAAAAAAGUUUUAAAGGGAUAGUCGGUGGGCUUUUGGAAAAAAAAGGUAAGCAUGGUCACGCUUCGACGAGUUCAGGUGGUACAACUGUAAGGUCGCACAACAAACUUGAUAUGUAUCAAGGAGUGCCAUGCGAUUAUGACGAAAACGACGUGGACUUUGACGCCCUUGCAUGGUGGAAGCAAACGAACACAUGUUCCCAUAUCUCGGAAUGCUAGUCAGACAAGUUUUAUCUGUCCCGGUAUCAACUGUAGCUGUGGAAAGAGAAUUCAGUUCUAGCGACAAUAUUCUAAUCGACUACCGAAGUUGUCUUCGCACUAAAUUGCUUGGGAGACUUGUUUGCAACCAAGAUUGACUCUUGGCAAGACGUCGAGCUCAUGAGUUAGGGUACGACAUUAAUUUCAAACAUUACAUGAAUGCAACCACAUGCUCUAGUUUCGAUGAAUAACUUAUAAACUUUUUUUUAUGUUAAUGUAAUUAGUUUUUAGGUGAGCGAUAUAUAAACUCUUUCGAGGGUUUCUUUACGAUUCUUUACAUCGUCGUUAAUGUAAUUAGUUUUUUAGCCGGAAUUCCAAGCUUUUCCGAUAUUGUUGAGCUUCAAGAGGACAUGAAAUCGCUCCUUCAGUUCAAAUCAGACCUCCAGGAUCUAUACCUCAGCCUGUCGAGCUGGGAACCGGGCGGAUUCAACUGGACCGGAGUCACCCGGUCUGUCGACGACGGGAGGGUCACUGCUAUCAAUCUCACCCGGUUCAACCUGUCAGGUCCGGUUCAUCCCUCUCUGUGCAAUCUCACAUCUCUGGAAACCCUAUCGUUAUCUCACAACGCCUUCAACGGCUCGAUUCCCCCCUGCUUCGGUCAGUUUUUGAAUCUCAGGACUUUAGAUCUCAGCUUCAACGCGUUUUCUGGUAAAAUUCCUGACCUGCUCGAGAAUUUGAACAGUUUGGUUGAUCUUGACCUUAGUCAUAACCUGUUAAGUGGAGAAAUCCCACUGUGGGUGGGAAAUUUUUCGUCGAAUUUGGAAAAGCUUAAUCUAGGGUUUAACGAUUUGGUGGGUAGAGUUGGUGGUUUUCUUCAAAAGUUGAAGUUUUUGAAUCUCGAGUCCAACCGGUUUUCGGGGCCUUUGCCUUGCUUCUCUUCUUUGAAAGAAUCACUCUCAGUUCUCAAUUUAGCUAACAAUUAUAUUGUUGGAGGGGUUCCAACUUGCAUUUCCGACCUCCGAGGUUUAACCCAGCUGAACUUGUCAUUCAAUGGUUUGAGAUAUGGGAUUUCCCCCAGAUUCGUGUUCUCGAAGCGGUUGGUCGUGUUGGAUUUGAGUUUCAAUGAGUUGUCUGGGAAUCUUCCGAAUACCAUUGUUGAAUCUCCAGAAAAAUCGGAUCUUUUGCUUCUUGAUUUGUCCCACAACCGAUUUUCGGGCACGAUUCCUGAGUCAAUCACUGAGCUGAAGAGUCUUCAAGCAUUGGUUCUUUCUCAUAAUCUUCUAACUGGAGAAAUCCCAGAAAGGAUUGGGAACCUGACUUAUCUAGAGGUGAUUGAUCUCUCUCACAAUCUUCUAACUGGGUCGAUUCCUUUGAACAUCGUCGGGUGUUUCCAGUUAUUAGCUCUGAUGCUGAGCAACAACAAUCUGUCAGGUGAGAUCCAGCCUGAACUCGAUGCCUUAGACAGCUUGAAGAUUCUUGAUAUAAGCCACAACCAGAUUUCUGGAGAAGUUCCAUUGACUUUAGCUGGGUGCAAGUCUCUGGAGGUUGUGGAUUUCAGUUCCAAUUCCCUCUCUGGACCUCUCAAUGAUGCAAUAACCAAAUGGUCUAAUCUUAGGUAUCUCUCCCUUUCCCAGAACCGGUUCACUGGCGUUCUUCCCAGCUGGUUAUUCACUUUUCAGGGGAUCAACACGCUCGACUUCUCUGGGAACAAGUUCUCCGGUUUCAUCCCUGACGCAAACUGUAACACGACUCUGAGUUUCAACGAUAUUGUGAGAUAUGUCCCUGCGAACCUGUUAAUUUCAUCGCGGGGGCUCAGCAUAAAAGUGUCUGUGACUGUCGCUGAGAGAACCGGAUUGAGCUUCAAAUACAAUCUCUUGACCAUAACUGGAAUCGAUCUGUCAGAUAAUCUGCUGCACGGUGGAAUCCCAGAGGGCCUGUUUGGCUUGCGCGGUUUGGAGUAUUUGAAUUUGUCGCAUAAUUUUCUUGAUGGUGGAAUUCCAGGGAGUCUAGGGACGACAAUGCAGAGCUUAAAGGCCUUGGAUUUGUCCCACAAUUCUUUAUCAGGACAAGUUCCCGAGAAUAUAUCAGGUCUUGGCAAUUUGACUGUUUUGGACAUGUCUUUCAACUCUUUUUCCGGAAUCGUCCAUCUGAAUCAAGGGUAUUGGAGAUUUUCAGGGGCAUUUUCUGGGAACCCCGAUCUCUGCGUGGAGCCCUCGAGGGAUGGGUGCAUGGGAAGGAAAAACAUUGGAGAGAAACAUGGGAUGAAGUUUGAGGAUAUGGACGAUGAAGGACCGAUAUCGGUUUGGGUGUUUUGUGUUAGUGCUUUUGUUAGUUUUUAUGUUUGUGUCAUUGGGCUCUUCUGUUCAGCCAUGACAAGAAACUACAUUCUGCAGACCAAUAUUUAAUGUGUGUAUAUAUGAGAGAUGUUAGAUGUAGUCCACUUGUUUACAUUGUAUAUUCAGUUAAUUCUUAUCAAUUUUAUUUAUAGGAUUUGAUUGUAAGUUCUUGUUGUGACAUAUAUUGAAAAAAAAAUGAUGAAAUUGCACUAAGUUCAUGCAUGGCCAAAAAAGGAACUGUUUGUUGUGUCACAAAACUGGCCAUUAAAUUGCUCCAUACCAU